GGGCGACGACUGAUAAGACGACCGGGUGAGCAGGGACGUCCUUUGAAUGAAGAUGACAUCCACGGGAUGAUGCAACACAGCGAUGUGACCGGUGUACUUGCCUACACUGCUCCACAGCAGGGAUGCAGGUACCGCAUGGACUGGACCUCUAUCGAGUACAGUCACGCGAAUGCCUUAAUAUGGGUUGGCGGAGAUAUGUUCCAGCAGACCAGCUCGGCCAACGACCCGCUCUUCUUCCUUCAUCAUGCCUUUGUGGAUAGCAUCUGGGAGUACUGGAGACAACAUCGACAGACUUCAGGCACGCGGUCGAAAGCAUAUCCGCCAGACCUACCGGAAUGUAGCAGCGCGGAUCACUUCGCGCAGAGCCCAAUGCGUCCAUUCGAGCCACUCAGAAAUAUCGACGGGAUCAGCAACGACUAUACUGGUGGACUGUACAGAUAUGCUCCACGUCCGACGUGCCCCUCCGGCAGGGAUGAGCAAUGUGCAAGCGAGUAA